AUGAUUAAAGAUGACACACAAGCAGAUGCAACAAUGGAAACUCGGGUUGCCGGACAAGGACAACCUAAAAGGGUUGGACGAUGGACUUUGGCCCAGUUACGUCAAACUGACGGUAUUAUUCCGUCGCAAGCCGGGUGGAACAAAGGUGACUCGCAGAAGUUAAUGACUAAUUUUGGCACACCACGAAAUACUCAAACUAGAGUUACAGCUGAAAAUCUUCCGGAAGUACCAGAAGAACUCUUGUUAAGAACUCAUGGAGAAGUACGCCUGCAAUCUGGUACUAAUAAAUUUGAAUCCCAGCGGGGUAUGACUGGUUUCGGUACAGGUCGUGAUGUUUGCCGAGAAGGUGUUCACGUAAACCAAGCACCCUCAGACUUAGCGCCACUUGAAGAAGAGAAAAUUCGUCUCAGUGAUGGAAUUGUUCGUUUGCAAGCUGGAACUAAUAAAUACGAUUCACAAAAGGGUAUGACUGGCUUUGGUACAGCUCGACGUGAAACAACUAAAAUGAAAGACACCAAACAUCCUGAAUAUGAUCAUGAGCGUCCUGACCAAUCGGAAAUUCCACUUCAAGCUGGCACUAAUAAAUUUGCUUCACAAAAGGGAAUGACAGGAUUCGGCACGUCAAGACGUGAGACAACGAAAAUUUGUGAUUCGGCUCAUCCGGAUUACGACCCAGAAAGUAGCAUUGAUGCAACAACGAUUCCUAGCCAGAUGGGUAGUAACAAAUAUGCCUCUCAAAAGGGUAUGACCGGUUUCGGACAACCACGCUGGGAGGUCUUGGAUCCUUCAAUUUCAUGGCAAAACCGCAAGAGUCAAGGAAUGGUUCGUUUGCAAUCAGGUACCAACCGAUUUGCAUCACAACAAGGAAUGACUGGUUUCGGUACACCUCGCAAUACCACUUAUGAAGCAGAAGCCGGGGAGUUACCAUAUGAGGAAAUGAAGAAAUCGGAAACAGUCAUACCGUCACAGGCUGGUUGGAAUCGAGGAGAUUCCCAGAAGGGUAUGACCGGAUUUGGUGCACCACGUGAUGUGAAAGGAAAACAUCUGAAACGCAUCUGGGAACUGGAAUAUCCUGAAGAAGCUGAAGCUUCACUUGAUCGACUUUAG